AUGACGGACGUAGGCGAGGCACAUAAGUGCAGUAGGCGGAAGUGCGCAUACGGGAGGCCGAGCGCGGAGCUUCCAGAUGCGUGGGUGUGCAACAAGGGAUUGAGCAAUAAGGGCGGCUGCCGGAGGUCGCGCUCGCGCGAGUGGUUCAGAAUGCUUGGGGAACAAUCUGCUCUUCGCGGCGGGCCUGAAGAAGUGGAGAGGGCGAUAGUGCAUCAAGAAGCCAAUCGGGCGACCUUCAAGCCUUUCUCGACCGCAGAGCCUGUCAACGGAGGAGCGCAAGGACGCGAUGCGCAAGCCAUGUUGGCGAUGACGCGCUCGCCCAGACAGCCGUCCAAUCUGCACUGGAGCACCGUCAUGGAUGGAUCCGUGAGGCAUACCUACUCAAAGAAUCAAAUUGCCGCUGCCUUGCAUGAGGCGCGGCGAACGGAGAUGCCCUGCGAUAACCCAACGACAUCCACCGACGACCAAACGAGGGAGCCGGAUGCGCAUAGGCCUUCCGGCUCGAGGGUACGGGCCUUUGGAGAUGAUAUGACGAAUGCAUGGCGGCCGGGAAAGGAAGAGCCACGGAUUGUCCUGCCAGAGAUCGUGGCCGUGAGGAUCUCUGGCGAAUGCCCUGUCUCGAGGAAGUUCCUCAAGAUCGUCAAUCGCGUCGGCCGCGCGCACAACCUCAUCGUUCGCGACCCCAAGACGAGGAUGAAAGUGUGGGCGGCAGUCGUCGUCGCCUGCCAUGCGCGCUUCGACCCGUGCACCCAUCUCGCAUUCGCGCGCUUCCUCUUCGCGUGGAGCAACGAGUACGCGCGGUAUCUCAAGCGCAAGAUUCGCAGCGAGCGCAGAGCUCAGAAGGUUCUGAAGGCGCUGCCCUCGGACGAGGAACUAAGGCAGCGGCGCACGCUGUACUUUGCUCGCGAUGAUGGGGAUGCCUGGCGACCAUACGCCAUGGAACAGGCCGCGCGCCGUGCAGAGGACGAGCGUCGCGUGCUGCAGUUCGUCCUUCAGUGCAAGGCUGAUACGGCGAGGCGGAAGGCGGCGGAUGCCAAGCGCCGGGAGGCAGAGGCGAAGAAGCAAGCAGCGGAGGAGGAGGAGGAGGAGCGGCGCCAGGCCGAGGAACGUGUGCGGUGGUUUGUGGAGAUGAUGGCGCGCGAGACGGCGAAGCAACAGGCUGAGUCGGCGGCUUCGCACGAUGGCGGUGUGGCGAGGGAUGCAGUGGCGAGGACGACAGAGCGGCCGAAGGGUAGCUCAGUUGAGGAGGCGCUGGUCAACGAGUCGGCGAAGCAGAAGGCUUCGCUGACUGUGUCGCACAACGACUGCAAAGUGGUCGGCGGCGGCGUGGUGAAGGGAUCCGGACUGCCAACGAGCAGUGCGGAGGAGUCAUUGGGGGAUGGCUCUAUCCCGAUGAUGCGGCGUCAGGCGGCAUCAAAGACGCUGACACUGGCAUUGCAGAGGAAAGUCUUCCGUGCGCCACCCGUCCCGUACUGGAGCAACGGGGAGCUCAAGGCGUACCCGACGCGCGAGGAUCUGCAGGCGUGUUGGGCUGCUCUGUUUGACGGUGCACUUGGGGGAAAGAAGUAG